AUGGUUGUCUUAGUAACAUCUGAUGGCGAGCAGUUCACCAUUGACCGGGAAGUCGCGAUCAGGAGUGUUCUGAUCAAGAACAUGAUCGAAGAUGUUGGAGAGUCUGACAACCCGAUCCCACUGCCCAACGUCUCAGCCAGUGUGCUGAAAAAGGUCAUUGAAUGGUGCGAGCACCAUAAGAAGGAUCCCGAGCCCUCCACCGAGGAUCCCGACGACGCUCGGAAACGAGCUACUGAAAUCAGCGAUUGGGAUACUAAAUUUAUCAACGUUGAUCAGGAGAUGCUUUUCGAGAUCAUCUUGGCUGCGAACUACUUGGACAUCAAGCCUUUACUGGAUGUCGGCUGCAAGUCGGUCGCCAACAUGAUCAAAGGCAAGCAACCCGACGAGAUCCGGAAGCUCUUCAACAUCACAAACGAUUUCACGCCUGAAGAAGAGGCACAGAUCAAGAAGGAAAACGAAUGGGCAGAGGACCGAUGA